AUGGAUGAACCAUCAUCUCAAUGUACCGAAGACAAUAUUCCUAAGUUUGGGAUGUCGUUUGUUUCUGAAAAUGACCUUCGAGAACUUUAUAGAUUGUAUGCACAAUCAAUGGGUUUUGGAGUCCGAAAGUUGGGAACAAGGAAUGGACCAGAUGGCAAACAAAAAUUUUUCUCUAUUGGAUGUGCAAAAUGUGGUUCGUUUACGCCAAGGGGGAAGAAUAUAUUUCAACUUAGACCUUCCACCAAGACCGAUUGUAAGGCCAGGAUCAACAUUGUUGUGAGGAAUGAUUUUGAUUUUAAGAUUAGUAGUAUCAUUCUGCAGCAUAAUCAUCCUUUGAGUCCUUCAAAUUCUAGACAUAUUAGAUCUCACAAGUUGAAGCUGGAGGAAGCUAGGAGGUCGAGGUUAGGAAAUGGUGAUGCUGAAGCUGUUUCUCAUUAUUUCUCCCAGAUGCAAAACAAAUGUUUAAAUUUUCAUUACACCUUUGAUCUUGACGAGGACUCACGUAUGAGGAAUGUUUUCUGGGCUGAUGCAAGAUGCAGGGCUUCUUACGAUUACUUUUCUGAUGUAAUGACCUUUGACACAACGUACCUGACUAACCACUAUGACAUACUUUUUGCUCCGUUCGUCGGAGUUAACCAUCAUGGCCAAUCUAUUUUGCUAGGAUGUGGCUUAUUAUCUAGUGAGGAUGUGGCGUCAUUCACUUAG